AUGGGGUAUGGCGGUGAUCAGGACGCUGGUAUGGGGUAUGGCGGUGAUCAGGAUGCUGGUAUGGGGUAUGGGGGUAAUCAGGAUGCUGGUAUGGGGUAUGACGGUGAUCAGGACGCUGGUAUGGGGUAUGAUGGUAAUCAGGAUGCUGGUAUAGGGUAUGGUGGUGAUCAGGAUGCUGGUAUGUCAGUGAUCAGGACAUUGGUAUGGGGAAUGGGGUAUGACGGUAAUCAGAAUGCUGGUAUGGGGUAUGACGGUAAUCAGGAUUCUGGUAUGGCAGUGAUCAGGACAUUGGUAUGG